UUCGUCUUUCGUCAUCGACAUUAUUAAAGAACCCACAAAAAGUUAUACUUCAAUUCAUCAAAAAGGUUUAAUCCUUAUCGAUUUUUUUGAAUAUUUUAAAUAAUAUUGCCCGGAGAUGGCAAAACGCGGUGGCGGGUCAUCAGAAAGUGGUGGAUCGGAAAGUGGGGCGGAUGAAAAAGGGAGUAGUAGACGGACCCGGUUUGAAUAUUUCGGGUGGGUUUAUCAUCUGGGUACAAAUUCAAUUGGGCGUGAAUUUUGUCAUCUAAGGUUUCUUUAUAUUCGUGGCAAAUAUGUAAUCAUGUAUAAACGUGAUCCUCAUGAAAACCCUGGCAUUAAACCAAUACGGAGGGGUGUGGUCGGGAACACCCUUAUGGUGGAGGAGUUAGGAAGAAAAAGGGUCAAUGAUGGUGAUCUUUACGUUUUAAGGUUCUACAAUCGGUUGGAUGAGGAAAAGAAAGGAGAAAUUGCUUGUGCUACAGCCGGAGAAACCCGAAAAUGGAUGGAAGCAUUUGAUCAAGCAAAACAGCAGGCUGAGUAUGAGCUUUCUCAAGGUUCCACCAGAAACAGAUUGAGCAUGGAGAAUGAGAUUGAUCUCGAAGGGCGUCGACCUAGAGUAAGGAGAUAUGCAAAUGAUUUAAAGAAGCUGAUAAGAAUAGGACAUGGUCCAGAGAGACUUGUCACAAGAUCUUCAAACUUGGGUCGACAUCAUAGAUCUAGCGAGUUGGAAGAUGCUGAAGAUGUUGUUGAAGUACAUGAAUGGAGAUGUGUCCGUACAAUCAAUGGUGUCAGAAUCUUUGAGGAUGUGUCUGACCAUAAGCCGCACAGCAAAACUGUUAUUGUGAAGGCCGUUGGUGCUGUGGCUACAAGUCCGGAUACUGCUUUUGAGGUGGUUCUGAACCUUGAUCGACACCGGAGAUACGAGUGGGAUGCAUUGACUAGUGACUUAGAAGUUGUAGAUUCUUUAAAUGGACAUUCUGAUGUUGUGUAUGGAUCUUAUGAUACCAGAUGCUUAACUAGUCAAAAACUGAUGUGCUGUUCUUAUAGGUGGCAGUCUAAGCGUGAUUUUAUAUUUUCUAGACAAUGGUUUCGUGGACAAGAUGGAACAUAUACGAUCUUGCAGUUUCCUGCAAUACAUAAGAAACGACCUUCAAAAUCAGGAUAUCGGCGAAUAAAAAUUAAUCCUUCGUCUUGGGAGAUCAGGAAUCUGAGAGCGUCGGGAGUAUCAAUCGGUGAUAGAUGUCUUGUAACACAUAUGUUAGAGAUGGAUUCAGCAGGAUGGUUAAAAUGGAAGCGUGGUGAAUGCUCAAAGUUUGAAAGUUCAAUUCCUUGUGCGUUGUUAAAUCAAGUGUCAGGUUUAAAGGCGUACAUUGAGGCAAACCCUGCUCUUACGUGUGAAUCUUCCACAACACUGGUUGAUACAAAAUCGUCUGAUGUUUCUGGAUCCAUUAGUGAGUUUGAAGAUGCAGAAACGGCUGAGGAGUUUUAUGAUGCAAUUGCUGAUGAUUCAUCAUCAUCUUCCGAUGAAGAAGAAGAUGGUGGUGCUGAACUUGACAGCAAGGGCCGGAGAGUGAAGCUGAAGAAUGUUUCAUGGGCUAUCGCCCGCUUGGCUUUAACGGCAAAGAAAGCUAUGGAUUCCAACAAUGAGUUAGAUCCAAAUGUAGAUCCAGUUACUCUUGAUCCUAGUGAUUUUCCUGGUUCAAUGCACAAAGCGAAAAGUGAUGCCGAUACCAAUUGUUGGACAUCUCCAAGUGGUGCUGGAUUUAAGAUCCGAGGAAAGACAUACUUGAAAGACAGUACUAAGGUAGCCGGUGGGAAUCCCCUUCUGAAGCUUAUAGCAGUUGACUGGUAUAAACUAGAGACUUCCAGAAGUAAAGUGGCAUUGCAUCCCAAAUGCAUUGUUCAGUCAGAAGCUGGGAAGAAACUUCCAUUCAUCCUUGUCAUGAACCUGCAGGUUCCCGGGAAACCAAACUACAGCCUAGUUCUCUACUAUGCUGCUGACAGGCCCGUAAAUAGAAAUUCUUUGCUGGGCAAAUUUAUUGAUGGGAAUGACGCGUUUCGUGAUUCAAGAUUCAAGCUGAUUCCAAGCAUUGUACAGGGAUAUUGGAUGGUUAAGCGUGCAGUCGGGACAAAAGCUUGCCUAUUGGGAAAAGCUGUAACUUGCCACUAUUUAAGACAAGAUAAUUUCUUGGAGGUUGAUGUAGACAUUGGGUCGUCAUCCGUUGCAAGGAGUGUGAUUGGUCUGGUUCUUGGAUACGUAACAAGCCUCGUGGUUGAUCUUGCCAUCUUAAUUGAGGGAAGGGAGGAAAAAGAACUACCUGAAUACAUUCUUGGAACAGUUAGACUAAACAGAGUGAGACUCGAUACUGCUGUUCCCCUUGAAUAAUAAUGUCAAUAUAUGGUUGAUAAGAUGUCACUUCCGGUGUAUAUGACUAUUAUUUGCUACAUUGAGCACCUCUCGAUAGGCAAGAUACUGUUCUUAAUCUCCAGAAACUGCCACGGUUGUUCAGAUCCUGCAAAAAACUGUAUCAAUAUGUACAAAUGUUAAGAGACAACAGCCACUCCUAUGCUUUAAUUGACCUGAUAUGAUCAAAUGAAUUGCUGCUGCGUGUUAAAUAAGCAAGAAUUUAAGACCAUCUUUUUUUUUUUCUCAACGUCUUUUCUUAUGGUGGCUACUUUUGGUAGCCAACUUUGAGUUGUGAACUUGCUGGGAGUAUUGCUCUGAGUGUCAAUUAGCAAAAAUGCAACAAUUUCGGUCCAAUGCAAAACAAUUUCAAUUUA